AUGGCUUACGGCUUGCCAAGAAAGAACACAGUGAAAACCAUAUUGCGGGGCAGUUGUUAUAACGUACAGGAACCUUGGGAUCUUGCACUGCUUACAGAGACCUGGUACACGAACCUAGCCAACAUCAAGUUGCCAUUCUUGGGAGAAAUUUCAUUUGGUAGUCCUUUACACCUCAAAAAAACUAAAACCAUUAAGAAUGCUCUACUCCCUUCUGCAGAAUCUAUGAAACUUGAAAGGGAAUAUGAAAUGAAGCGUUUGAAUCGCCUGAAAUGUCAGGAGAAUGUAGCUGAGGAAAUUCAGCUUUCCCUAAGGGAAAGGCAAGUUGGUUUGAGAAGACCUCUUCCACCUAAGUGAUAUCAUCUCGUAGUUGAACCUGUACUCAUUGCUUUCCACAUCCAAAGGCAAUGAAGGUCUCCAGCCUUUUGCUGUGUGAAGUUGGGUGCAGACCUACAAAUGUCCACUGGUGGGCGAGCCAGCUCCUGUGGGUUGGUGGACAGCUCUGAUGGAUCUUCUGUGUUCCUGCCACUUACUUCUUCCUUUGUACCACACGUGA